UACCACACAGAAGACAUGCUGCAGGUCAAGAUCUAUGAUGCCGCUAAUAAAAGGUAUGAGGUCCCAGUAUCUCUGAACACCCCUCCCUCACCAGUUGACCACCCCGAAAACUGUCUGUAUGAUGUUAUGAUUCAGAACAAUCCUUUUGGAAUCCAGAUUCGGCGCAAAAGCUCCGGCACUGUGAUCUGGGACUCACAGCUCCCCGGCUUCACCUUCAACGACAUGUUCCUCUCCAUCUCCACUCGCCUCCCCACUCAGUACGUCUAUGGCUUUGGGGAAACUGAGCACACAGCUUUCAGAAGAAACAUGAGCUGGAACGUGUGGGGAAUGUUUGCUCGUGAUGAGCCACCAGCGUACAAGAAGAAUUCCUACAGUGUCCACCCCUACUACAUGGCACUGGAGGAGGACAGCAGUGCCCACGGGGUGCUCUUGCUGAACAGCAAUGCCAUGGAUGUAACAUUACAGCCCACUCCUGCCCUGACAUACCGUACUAUAGGAGGGAUUUUGGACUUUUAUGUGGUUUUGGGGCCGACCCCUGAACUUGUAACUCAGCAAUACACCAAGUUGAUUGGUCGGCCAGCAAUGAUUCCAUACUGGGCGCUGGGAUUCCAGCUGAGUCGCUAUGGAUACCAGAAUGAUACUGAAAUCUCCAAUUUGUAUGAUGCAAUGGUGGCAGCCCAGAUUCCCUAUGUUUUCAUUUUUCUUCUCUUUCUCUAGGUUUGGCCAGAGCUGCCCGAUGUAAUUGUGGAUGGAUCCCUUGACCAUGAAACUCAGGUUAAGCUGUACAGGGCCUACGUUGCUUUCCCUGACUUCUUGAGUAGUAGCACAGCUGCAUGGUGGAAGACAGAGAUACAAGAGCUCUACGUAAACCCUCGAGAGCCAGAGAAGAGCUUGAAGUUUGAUGGAUUGUGGAUUGAUAUGAACGAGCCAUCGAACUUUGUGGAUGGAUCUGUCCGGGGCUGCAGUGAUGAAAUUCUUAAUAACCCACCCUAUAUGCCAUAUCUGGAGUCCAGAGACAAGGGCCUGAGCAGCAAGACCCUGUGCAUGGAGAGCCAGCAGAUCCUGCCAGACGGCUCCCCGGUGCGGCACUACGACGUGCACAGCCUGUACGGGUGGUCCCAGACCAGACCCACAUACGAAGCUGUGCAGGAGGUGACAGGACAGCGAGGGGUCGUCAUCACCCGUUCCACAUUCCCCUCUUCUGGCCGCUGGGGAGGACACUGGCUGGGAGACAACACAGCUGCCUGGGACCAGCUGGGGAAAUCUAUCAUUGGCAUGAUGGAGUUCAGUCUCUUCGGAAUACCGUAUACAGGAGCAGAUAUCUGUGGGUUCUCUGGAGAUGCUGACUAUGAGAUGUGUGUUCGCUGGAUGCAACUGGGGGCGUUUUAUCCAUUUUCCAGGAACCACAACAACAUCGGGACACGGAGACAGGAUCCCGUGGCCUGGAAUUCAACCUUUGAGAUGUUCUCCAGAAAAGUCCUCCAGACCAGAUACACACUGCUGCCCUAUCUCUACACUCUGAUGCACAAAGCUCACGUGGAGGGCAGCACUGUCGUCCGGCCCCUUCUCCACGAGUUUACAGAUGACAUCACAACAUGGGAUAUAGACCAUCAGUUCAUGCUGGGCCCUGCCGUCCUAAUUAGCCCUGUGCUGGAAAGUAACACUUUUGAGAUCCGUGCUUAUUUUCCUAGAGCCCGUUGGUAUGACUAUAGCAUGGAAUCUGGCAGCAAAUCCACAGGUGAGUGGAGAACCCUGGAGACUCCCCUCGACCACAUCAACCUUCAUAUCAGGGGAGGCUACAUCCUGCCUUGGCAAGAGCCUGCAAUGAACACUCACUUCAGUCGUCAACAGUUUUUGGGAUUGACUGUUGCUUUGGAUGACAAUGGGGAAGCUGAAGGUCAGAUGUUCUGGGAUGAUGGACAAAGCAUUGAUACCUAUGAAAAUGGAAAUUAUUUCUUGGCAAACUUUACAGCAGUUCAGACUAUCACUAGUUUUGCUAGUACAAGUACUACUGCUAGCACUAGUGCUACUGUUCCUAUCACAACCACUCCUUUCCCAGCAAGUACUCUUGAUGUUAUAACUAGUGCUACUGUUCCUGAUACAACUACUCCUUCGUCUACAAGUACUAUAUCCAGCACUAGUGCUACUGUUCCUAUCACAACCACUCCUUUCCCAACAAGUACUACUGAUGUUACAACCAGUACUGCUGUUCCUGAUACAACUACUCCUUCGCCUGCAAGUACUACAUCCAGCACUAGUGCUACUGUUCCUAUCACAACUACUCCUUUCCCAGCAAGUACUAUUGAUGUUAUAACCAGUACUGCUGUUCCUGAUACAACUACUUCUUCCUCUACAAGUACUAAUACUUCUAGCACUAGUGCUACUGUUUAUACCACAGCCAUAUUCUCUCCUGCUGCUGAUGCUAACACUAGUACUACUACUCUUAAUACAACUAUGCCUUCCCCUACAAGUAUUACUACUGCUAGAACUAUUUCAAUCACUCCUUUUCUGACAAGUAUUGCUGAUGUUAGCAUUCGUACUACUGCUCUUAUUACCCCUACUCCUUCCCUAACAAACACUACUGAUGUUAGUACUAGUACUACUAUUUCUAAUAUAACUACUCCUUUUCCAACAAAUAAUACUAAUGUCAACACUAGUACUAAUGUUUCUUUUAUAACCACUUCCUCUCAUGUAAGUACUGAUGAUACUAGCACUAAUACUGUUCCAAUUACAACUGUUCCUUCUCUUACAAGUACUGAUGCUGAUACUACUAGCAGUAGUUUUUCUAUUGUGACUACUUCUUUAUCUGAAAUUACUAAUGCUAUGGAUACUACUGUUAUUAUGGUAACAACUACACCUACAAAUACUGUUGUUGCUAGCACUAGUAAUGAUGCUUCUGUUACAAAUCCUCUUUCACCUACAAUGUCUGGUGGUGACAGCACUAAUAAUAGUAUUUCUAUAAUGACCACUUCCUCUGGUAAUAUCAUUCCUGUUGUGACUACUCCUUCUCCAAGUGCUGAUGCUAUUGGCACAAGUAAUACUAUUCCUGUCAUGACUACUUAUUACCAAACUCCUCCCACCACUCCUACUCCUACCCUUACUUCUACUCCUAAUUCUACUACUCCUAUUUUGAGCAUAUUUCCAACAAAUAAUACCUUCACUACUUAUAUAAUUACUAAUUUUACUACUCUUACUAAUGCGAACACCACUAAUUUCAACACCCUUGAUACAAAAAGUACCACAAUAAUAGAUGCUAUUGUUGCUACUACCAGCACCAAAGAUAAUGCCACUAGUCUAGAUACAGUAGUUACUUCAACAGACAAAUUCACUGCACACACCACACGGUUCUCUACUCCUCAUUCUGCUACUAGUACCAUACCAGCCUUAAGCCACACGACAUUAAUUCCUACAAAUUUUUCUACUCUGAGAGCCAUUGAUACUACUGAUGCAGAUAACUCCAGCAGCGUUACGGGUAACGCCACACACAUUUCUAUUCCCAAUAUCACAACAGCUUCAGACAUGAUAACAACAGCUGGUCUACAUACAGAAACUCACUAUCUGGUAACAGCAAAUUCUUUGGAUAAUGAUUUACCUAUUACUGCAACCGGUGCUACCACAGAUAUUACAAAUAGUACCACACAUGCUUUAAAUACUACCACUCCUGAUGGAAUGACCAUGGGUACUUCUGCUACUGUAUCUACUUCUAGUGCUCUAAAUUCUACUCUAGUUCCAUGA